AUGUUUGUAUCCAAAAAAUUAUUAAAAAGAGCUGCUCUUGGAAUACUUGGAUUGGGCACAUUAGCAUCUUUAAGAGCAAAUGAAUAUGAUUUGGGAUCUAUAGGUAUUGUACGACUAGGACGUGCUGUAGUUACUGUUUUUAUAAUUGGAAGACAUUAUAAAAAUGAAUUAUAUGGAACUAAUUUAAAUCCAAAUACUCAAGAAUAUGUUGAUUUAAAAUCAAAAGUACAUAAAUAUGGAGCACAAAAACUCUUAGAACUUUGUUGUGCUAACAAAGGUGUUUAUAUAAAAGUAGGUCAACAUAUUGGUGCACUAGAUUAUUUACUGCCACAAGAAUAUGUUAAUACAAUGAGGGUAUUACAUAGUUCAGCACCACAAUCAUCAUUUAAAGAUAUACUUACUGUUAUUAAAGAAGAUUUCAAGAAAGAUCCAUAUGAAAUAUUUGAAAGUAUCGAUCCUGAACCUUUAGGUACUGCCAGUUUAGCACAAGUUCAUAAAGCUGUAUUAAAAAAUGGUGGUAUUGUUGCUGUUAAAAUUCAACAUCGAUCAGUUAAAACAAAUUCUUAUGUAGAUAUAAAAACUAUGUCAACUUUAGUAAAAUUGACAUCAUUAGUUUUUCCUGAUUUUAAAUUUGACUGGCUUGUUGACGAAACUAAAAAGAAUAUUCCUCGAGAACUGGAUUUUACUCAAGAGGGAAAAAAUGCAGAAAAAAUUCAAAAUAUAUUUUCCCAUUAUCAUUGGUUAAAAAUACCCAAAAUCCAUUGGGAAAUUUCAUCACCACGAGUUUUAACAAUGGAAUUUGUAAAAGGAGGUCAAGUUAAUGAUUUAAAAUAUAUUCAAAAUAGUAAUUUAAAUCCAUAUGAAGUUAGCAGUAAAUUAGGCCGGCUUUAUAGUCACAUGAUAUUUAUAGUGGGAUUCGUACAUUCAGAUCCACAUCCUGGUAAUGUCUUAGUUAGAAAGAAAAAUAAUGAAGCAGAAAUCAUACUUUUAGAUCAUGGAUUAUAUGCAAAUCUUUCAAAUGAAUUUCGAUGGGAAUAUUCUAAACUUUGGUUGGCAAUAUUUGAUGGUAAUAAAACUGCAAUGCAAACACAUUGUGCUAAUUUAGGUGUUACAGAUUUGUAUGGGUUAUUAGCUUGUAUGGUAUCAGGAAGAUCUUGGAAUACAAUUAUGGCUGGUGUCCAAAAAACUAAAUAUGACAUACAAGAAAAAGAGGAAUUUCAAAGAGAAAUACCAAAUUUAUUACCACAAAUUAGUAAUGUAUUAGACAAAGUAAACAGACAAAUGUUAUUAAUUCUUAAAACAAAUGAUCUUAUGCGUUGCAUUGAAUAUUCGCUCAAUACAGGAUCAAGAAUGUCAGGAAUGUUAGAAAUGUCAAAAUGUUGUAUACAUUCUGUAUAUGGAGAAAAACUGAAAUCUUGUACAAAUGUAUGGGAAAAAUGGAAAAUUUCUCUAUCUAAACAAUGGGCACUCUUUAAAAUAUCAUUAUAUUAUAUAUACUUAGGGGCAUUAAAUUUUAAUAUACAAAAUUCUGUUAACUCAUUUUUAAAGAAUGAAUUUUAUACUUUUUAAUAUUACAUGUUUCUAGGAAAAAUAUAAAUUUAUUUAAAUCAAAUAUGAAAUUGAUUAAAUAAUAUAAUAUCUUAAAAUAUGCUAUAAUUUUAUUAAUUUAAACAAUUUAAAAAAAUAUAUAAGUGUUCCUAUAUAAAAUAUAUGAGUAAAAAUUUUUUAUUUACUUUUCUAUUUCAAAUAAAUAAUUUUUGCCUAACAAACACAAUAAUAUAUUUAUACUGAAUAUAUAUACGUUUUAAUACAUAUAUAUCAAAGUAUAUUUCAAUAAUUAUGCUAAAUUAUUGUGCUAUACUUUGAUCAUUUAUGAUAAUCAAGGUUAUACCAGUUCAAGAAUAAUAUUAGAUGUUAUAAAUAUGUAUAUAUCUAUUUGAUACAUAUAUAUAUAUAUUUUAUAUUAAUUAUCUUUAUUUCAUUCUUAUUAUUUAUUACUUACCUACAAUAUAUAAAAACUUCAAUUUUUUUUAUUAUAUGUACAUACUUGUAUUCAAUAAUUAAAGAAAAACUUAUAUCUGACGCUUUGUUCAAUAAAAAUAUAUGACAAUAAAUAUUAAGCAUAAAUUAUGAAUUCAUUUAAUAACAUUUAUAUUUCUUUAAUAAGUAUUAUUUAAUUUAAAUUAAAUAAAUAAAUAUACAUUUAUAUAUAUUUAAUACGUAGGAUAUAAAUAUAAUCCAACCUUAGGUAAUAUACUAUAUACAUAUAUAUUUUUUGUAUGUGUAUGAAAGAGAGAGAGGGAAUGAGGGAGAGAGAGGGGAGAGAGUAGUUUGUGGUAUAUAUCAUGUAUAAUAUAUAUAUAUAUAUAUUAUUUUCUCCUAUAUAACACAAAUUUUAGAAAAUUACAUUUGUAUUUAUAAUAUCUAUAUGUACACACACAUACACACACACACGUAUAUCAGAAUAUAGGAUGAGAUAUAUUGCAAAAAUAAGAAUACAUGCGUCAUUCAAUAGUCAUGAUUCAAGAAUGCUUUAUGACUCACGAAAAUAUGAAAAAAAAUAUUUUUAUAAAUAUUUAUUAUAUUGUACCAAUUAACAAAAAACUAAAUAAAAUAAUUACCAAUAGUAUAUAAAAUUUAAAGAAAAAUUAAAAAAAAAAAUUAUUAAUAUACUCUUGUUUUUAAAAAAUAAAAAGUAUUUUAUUUUUUUUAUUUUAGUAAUAUUUAAUAAUAAAAUAUAUAAAAGAAUUAUUUUUUUUAAUCAAUAAAUUUUUUAUAGAAUUUUAAAAUUAUAGAUUUCAUAAAAACAAUUUUUUUAAUUCUAUAUUAUAAAAUAAGACGCAGAAUGGAAAGCAUCUUGAUACAUUUAUUGGGCGUAACAGUUAUCCUUGACAAUGUUGCCAUGUUUUAAUUUCUAGAAAAUUAAAUAUUUUUGAAUUAAUAUAAAAUUAUUUUUAUCAUUAAAAUUUUUUAAUAAUAUUAUUGAAAAAAUAAUUAUUUAUUAAAAAUUCAUAUUUAUCUGUGUACUGAAUGUGAUUUUAGAUUUUUAAAAUAUUUGUACAUAAUAUAAUUUAUUAUUAUAAUUUACAAUAAUAUUAUUUAACAAACUUUCUAAAUUUAUUAAAAAAUUUCUUUAUUUAUUUUAUUUUUUACAAAUAUUGAAUUAAAAUAAUGAGAUCUAUUUAAUAUUGUUAAAAUUUAUUUAAUAUGAAUUAUUUUUAUUGCAUAAUUCUAAAUUCAUAAAUGGUAUUUUAAAUUUUUGUUCUUUGUAAUAUAAUAAUAUAUUUUUCAUAUAAUAUAUAAACUUGAAAAUUAUAGAAAAUAUAUAGAUACAUAUUAAAAAACAUUGAUCGAAACAAUGUGAAAAGAUUUGGCAACAUUGGAAAAGAUCUGCAAAGGAAACGUAUAUGAUGUUAUACGAAACGACGUGAUUGGUGAGAAACUGACCAUACAACGCAUUCAUACGCCAUAAGUUAUUUUCUAAAAACAAGAAAUUUUGAAAUAAUAUGCAAAAUAUACAUAAAAUUUUUUAUAAAGAAUAUCGAAUACAUAUUUAUAAUUUAAAUGGAUAUAAUUAUUUUUUAAAAUUUUCAAAAGAAUAAAGCUAAUAUAAAAUUUUACAAGGAACUAUUUUCUAUUGAUCACGCGUAAGAACACUACAUAACGGCAAGCUAGGGAGUAUAUAAAGCCGCCAUCGAACGCGCACGAAGGCAUUUCCUGAGUCAUUUUCGAACGGAGAAGGCUGUAUCUUGCUCGGUGAUUUAUAGUCUUGUGUGUAGUUGUGCAACUUUCUUCCAUUGUUCUACAAGAAACACGAGCCAGAUACAGUCUCACCGUUUGAGAUGGCAUUGGGACGGGCGGAGGAACUUGCUGUUUGCAGCGAUGCUGGGCGUACCGCAGAAUUGACGACCCCAUGUUCUAGUCUCUACACCUUUCAUUGGUUUGGUUUGUAAACUGUAUCGGAACCAAUGCAUUUCUAUUUGCAAUUUUUUGUAAUAAUAUACCAAUCGAGUUCGUCAAACAUGUUCAAAGAGCGUUUGAUUCGAUAUUUUUUUUUUUCAGAAGUAUGGCGGUUUACAUAAAAAAUAUGUACUUAAUAUAGCUUAAAGAAAAUUUGUGUAGUCAGUUUAACCUAUAGAUUUAAUAGCGUUUUAAAUGUUUACUUAAUGAUCAAAAAAUAAUUUUAUAUAUAGAUUUUGUACUUAUUUAUAAAUGUUAAUUAACAGUUUUGUAAAUAUUGUGAUGCAGCAAAACAGCAGCGGAAAAAAUAAAAAAGAAUAAUAAAAA